AUGUGCCUUGCUUCCAGUGCGUCCCCUGGUCUUUGCCUUGACUCCAGUGCGUCCCCCGGUCUGUGUGUUGCCUCCUGUGCGUCAUCAAGUCUGCGUGUUGCCUCCAGUGCCUCCUCCGGUCAGUGGCUUGCCUCCUGUGCGUCAUCCAGUCUGUGCAUUGCCUCCAGUGCCUCCUCCGGUCUGUUGCUUGCCUCCAAUCAGUGCCUUGCCUCCAGUGCGUCUUCCGGCCUGUCUCUUGCCUACAGUGCGUCCUCAAGUCUGUGCCGUGCCUGCAGUGUAUCGUCGGUCUGUGCCGUGCCCGCAGUGUAUCCCCCGGUCUGUGCCGUGCCCGCAGUGUGUCCUCCGGUCUGUGAUUUGCCUCCAGUGCGUCUUCCGGUCUGUGCCUUGCCUGCAGUGUAUCCCCCGGUCUGUGCCUUGCCUGCAGUGUAUCCCCCGGUCUGUGCCUUGCCUGCAGUGUAUCCCCCGGUCUGUGCCGUGCCCGCAGUGUAUCCCCCGGUCUGUGAUUUGCCUCCAGUGCGUCUUCCGGUCUAUGCCUUGCCUGCAGUGUAUCCCCCGGUCUGUGCCGUGCCCGCAGUGCAUCCCCCGGUCUGUGCCGUGCCUGCAGUGUGUCCUUCGGUCUGUGCCUUGCCUCCAGUGUGUCCUCCGGUCUGUGCCGUGCCUGCAGUGUGUCCUCCGGUCUGUGCCUUGCCUGCAGUGUAUCCCCCGGUCUGGGCCGUGCCCGCAGUGUGUCCUCAGGUCUGUGAUUUGCCUCCAGUGCGUCUUCCGGUCUGUGCCUUGCCUGCAGUGUAUCCCCCGGUCUGUGCCGUGCCCGCAGUGUGUCCUAAGGUCUGUGAUUUGCCUCCAGUGCGUCUUCCGGUCUGUGCCGUGCCUGCAGUGUAUCCCCCAGUCUGUGCCUUGCCUCCAGUGCAUCCUCCGGUCUGUGCCUUGCCUUCAGUGCAUCCCCCGGUCUGUGCCUUGCCUUCAGUGCAUCCCCCGGUCUGUGCCUUGCCUUCAGUGCAUCCCCCGGUCUGUGCUUUGCCUUCAGUGCAUCCUCCGGUCUGUGCCUUGCCUUCAGUGCAUCCCCCGGUCUGUGCCUUGCCUCCAGUGCACCCCCCGGUCUGUGCCUUGCCUCCAGUGCAUCCCCCGGUCUGUGCCUUGCCUUCAGUGCAUCCUCCGGUCUGUGCCUUGCCUUCAGUGCAUCCCCCGGUCUGCCCCUACCCCAGUGUAUCCCACGGUCUGUGCCUUGCCUCCAGUGCAUCCCCCGGUCUGUGCCUUGCCUCCAGUGCAUCCCCCGGUCUGUGCCUUGCCUUCAGUGCAUCCUCCGGUCUGUGCCUUGCCUUCAGUGCUUCCCCCGGUCUGUGCCUUGCCUUCAGUGCAUCCCCCGGUCUGUGUGUUGCCUCCAGUUUGUCCUCCGGUCUGUGCCUUGCCUCCACUGCGACCUCCAGUCUGUGUCUUGCCUCAAGUGCAUCCUCCGGUCUGUGCCUUGACUACAGUGUGUCCUCUGAUCUGUGUCUUGCCUCCAGUGCGUCUUCCGGUCUGUGCCUUGCCUCUGAGUCUGUGUGCCCGGAAUGUAAUGUACUUGAAGAUGAAGCACACGUAAUUUUCACAAUUGUCCUCAAAGAUAGGAAGUAA